GCUGCUGUGAGGACAGCCUGUCGUCAAGACUGUGCAUCAAAACAGGCCACAGUUUAGCCUAUGGAGAGUGAUCAAGGAUGCACAAGAAUGCACAAGCCUGUAACAGGGCUAAUAAUACAAAUACGAACUAGGAUGAUGUAGCUGUUGUCUUAUGGCCUGAGGUCGGAGCAGACUUGGACUUGGAUGUGAGUUUGAUGUGAUGUGGUCAGUCAGAAGUGUGGAGCACCAGUGCAGAGAGCCAGGGCAGGAGGCCACGCUACAGGGCCAGAGCUGUGGACACAGGAGCGGCCUGAGCCAAGCCAUCCAAGUGGACUGUUUAUGCGCUCCACGGUCCAGGAGCACAGCGCCUUCAGGUUUGCUGUCCAGCUGUAUAACACCAACCAAAAUGUGACAGAGAAACCCUUCCACCUCAAUUACAAUGUGGACAACCUGGAGUCAUCCAACAGCUUUUCUGUCACACAUGCCUUCUGCUCCCAGUUCUCACGAGGAGUCUAUGCCAUCUUCGGCUUCUACGACCGAAAAUCCAUGAAUACCCUGACAUCCUUCUGUGGGGCGCUCCACACCUCCUUCAUCACACCCAGCUUCCCUAUCGACACAGAUGUGCAGUUUGUGAUCCAGAUGAGACCCAGUCUGAGGGGUGCCAUCCUGAGCAUGCUGGACCACUACAAAUGGGAGAAGUUUGUGUAUUUGUACGACACAGAUAGAGGUUUUGCCAUCCUGCAGUCCAUCAUGGAGUCUGCUGUGGCCAAUAACUGGCAGGUGACCGCACGCUCGGUGGGGAACAUCGUGGACCCCACUGAGUACAGACGCAUCAUUGAGGAGAUGGACCGAAGGCAAGAGAAGCGCUUCCUCAUUGACUGUGAAGUGGACAGAAUCAACUCCAUCUUAGAGCAGGUGGUGAUCUCAGGAAAGAACAGCAGAGGAUACCACUACAUUCUCGCCAACCUGGGCUUUUCCAACAUGAGCCUGGAUAGGGUCUUUGCCGGUGGAGCCAACAUCACCGGCUUCCAGAUCAUCAACCCAGACAGUCCCGUUGUGCAGCAGUUCCUCCAGCGCUGGGAGCGUUUGGAUGAAAGAGAAUUUCCUGAAGCCAAAAACACUCCACUGAAGUACACAUCAGCGCUGACCCAUGAUGCCAUCAUGGUGAUCGCGGAGGCUUUCCGAUACCUGCGGCGGCAGCGGGUGGAUGUGUCCCGGCGGGGUAGUGCGGGGGACUGCCUGGCCAAUCCUGCAGUGCCCUGGAGUCAAGGCAUCGACAUUGAGAGAGCGCUUAAAAUGGUCCAAGUUCAAGGGAUGACAGGAAACAUCCAAUUUGACACAUUUGGACGGAGAGCUAACUACACCAUUGAUGUGUAUGAGAUGAAGAUAGGGGGGCCCAGGAGGAUUGGUUACUGGAACGAGUUUGAAAAAUUUGUUUAUAUAAUGGAUCAGCAGGUCACCAACGAGUCCUCUUCUGUGGAAAACCGAACAAUUGUGGUCACUACUAUUAUGGAAGCUCCAUAUGUGAUGUACAAGAAAAACUAUAUGCAGAUGGAGGGGAAUGACAGAUAUGAAGGCUACUGUGUGGAUUUAGCUUCUGAAAUUGCAAAGCAUGUUGGGAUCAGAUAUAAACUGUCCAUCGUGCCAGACGGGAAGUACGGAGCCCGAGACUCAGAUACCAAGACGUGGAAUGGGAUGGUGGGUGAACUGGUGUAUGGGAGAGCUGAUAUAGCAGUGGCUCCUUUAACCAUAACACUGGUACGAGAAGAAGUGAUAGAUUUCUCAAAGCCUUUUAUGAGUCUUGGCAUCUCGAUUAUGAUAAAGAAGCCUCAAAAGUCCAAGCCGGGUGUCUUUUCCUUCCUUGACCCUCUGGCCUAUGAGAUUUGGAUGUGCAUAGUGUUUGCCUAUAUCGGCGUGAGUGUGGUGCUUUUCCUGGUCAGCCGCUUCAGUCCGUAUGAGUGGCACUUGGAUGAGAAUGAUGAGGCCAAAGACCCUCAGAGCCCCCCAGACCCUCCAAAUGACUUUGGGAUUUUUAAUAGCCUGUGGUUCUCCCUGGGCGCCUUCAUGCAGCAAGGAUGCGAUAUCUCACCAAGGUCCCUCUCAGGCCGGAUUGUUGGAGGAGUGUGGUGGUUCUUCACCCUCAUCAUCAUCUCCUCCUACACCGCCAACUUGGCUGCGUUCCUCACAGUGGAGAGGAUGGUUUCCCCCAUCGAGAGUGCUGAGGACCUGGCCAAGCAGACAGAGAUCGCUUAUGGGACCUUGGACUCAGGCUCAACCAAGGAAUUCUUUAGGCGCUCCAAAAUAGCAGUUUAUGAGAAAAUGUGGUCUUACAUGAAAUCAGCUGAACCCUCAGUGUUUGCCAAGACCACUCCAGAUGGGGUAUCCCGGGUGCGAAAGUCAAAGGGCAAAUUUGCCUUUCUACUUGAGUCUACAAUGAACGAGUACAUAGAGCAACGAAAACCAUGUGAUACCAUGAAAGUGGGCGGAAACCUGGACUCUAAGGGCUACGGUGUGGCAACACCUAAAGGCUCUGCAUUAAGAACUCCUGUAAACCUUGCUGUAUUGAAACUCAGUGAACAAGGCAUCUUAGACAAGCUGAAAAACAAAUGGUGGUACGAUAAGGGUGAAUGUGGAACCAAGGACUCUGGAAGUAAGGACAAGACAAGCGCGCUGAGCCUGAGCAACGUGGCAGGGGUCUUCUAUAUUUUGGUUGGAGGGCUGGGCCUGGCGAUGACUGUGGCCUUGAUAGAGUUCUGUUACAAGUCACGCCAAGAAACAAAAAGACUCAAAUUAGCAAAGAAUGCCCAGAACUUUAAACCAGCCCCUCCAGCAAACAGUCAGAACUUUGCCACGUACCGUGAAGGCUACAACGUUUAUGGCACAGAGAGCGUUAAAAUCUAAAGGUCUUUCAGUUAUAGAAGUGAAAUUAGUAUAUUUCACGGAUGUGUCCGGAUGAACACUACUACUCUGCGUGACCCUGGCACACUUUAUAGACACACCGGUCUUUGGAGUCAACAUGAGGUGCUGCUCAUUUGUAUCUGAGGCCUGAUGUCCCGUGACUGUACAUACGAAGGCCCGUCCGCACACUACCGGAGCAGGCUUGGUUUGUGCAGAAGGACUUUUGAGCAUCUGGAAACAUACGGGGGAUUUGCCUCUUGUAGUGCCUUAUGAAGCAUUUGGCGUCAUGGCAAUGCAAUUUCAAGAGAUGUGUCAAAAGGGGAAUAUAUUGCUUCCUGACGUAUUUAGAUAAUUUGUUAAAAGCAGCAAACUUGUUUUCUAUUUCAAAGAGAAAAAAAAAGCCAUGAUUUGCAAUUAAAGCAUCCUGAAAAUUCUAAUAUUUUUGUGGUUACAUCUUUACUUAGAUUUAAUUGUUAUAAUUAGUGAUAAAAUUAUUAUUUUCAUUGUCAUAUUAAAGUAAGCACCAUCCUUAAAUCAAAUGUUAAUAUGCCACACAUACCAUCUUGGCACUACUUUCAAAGUGUUUUAUAUGUGUUGGGCAUCAUUGUGUUUUCAAAAAGAUGCUACUUUGUAAGACUGCUGUUCAACUGCCAUAGUUUUCACAAUUUUAUUGAAAUGAGGUAAGCUUUUACAUGGCUAAUGCAUUUUUAAAAUGCAACAUUAACGACCCUUUUAGCAUCACGAAGUUUUUCUUGGGUUGAGUACAAACCCACAAUAGUGCGUGCAGUAACAGCAGUAGAGCAGUGAAUCAAUAUUUUCAUAGCUACUUUGGUUGUGAUGAGCUUUGCAUUGUGCCAUAUUUUUGAUUGAGGAUCUGUGUAAACAAGCAAGAGCUAUGGAUUGAUUUUUACUUUUUUAAUUUCUAUGAAAACUCUGCAUUAACAUAUUAUGUUUUAAAUCUUA